AUGUUUUCGUUAACUCCCCCGAAACCAAGGCCCAUUAAUUUCCUCGCAAUUUUAUUUCCCCCAACCUGUCGUAGAAAUUUCUAUUUUUUUGGAUUUCUACAACAGGUGGGUAUCCAUUUGCAGCAAUAAAAUGUUGAAGCAGCUCUCUUCGUUACUAUUGUUUGUGGGGCUUUUGGGUUGUUAUGGGGGGGUUGAUGGCCUAGGCGUGAACUGGGGUACAAUUGCAACCCACAAAUUGCCUCCAAAGGUUGUGGUUCAGAUGCUGAAGGACAACGGGAUCAAGAAGGUGAAGCUUUUCGAUGCGGACCAGACGAUCCUGAACGCUCUCGCCGGCUCUGGCAUCGAGGUCAUGAUCGCCAUUCAAAACGAUCUUCUCGGGUCCAUGGGAGACUACGAUGUAGCUAAGAAGUGGGUGGAGCACAAUGUCACCCAGUAUACCAAUGCGGGUGUCAACAUCACGUAUGUAGCAGUUGGGAAUGAACCAUUUCUCAAAGACUACAAGGAUAGAUUCACCAACGUCACCUUCCCGGCACUUCAGAAUGUCCAAAAUGCCCUCAAUGACGCCGGGAUCGGCAAAUCCACCAAAGCCACCGUGCCCUUAAACGCCGACAUCUACGAAUCCCCGUCGUACAAUCCGGUCCCUUCUGCCGGAAGGUUCAGGCCAGACAUCAGCGAUGUCGUGUCUCCAAUCGUCAAGUUCCUAGACAAGAACAAUGCGCCCUUCACCGUCAACAUCUACCCUUUCCUCAGUCUCUACUACGGCAAGGGCCAAUUCCCCAUUGACUUCGCUUUCUUUGAUGGGGUUAGCUCUCCCCUCGUUGACAAUAAUGGCGUCAAAUACACCAACGUAUUCGAUGCCAACUUGGACACACUGAUUUCGGCCUUGAAGGCCGAGGGAUGCGGCAACCUGAGCAUUAUAGUAGGGGAGAUAGGGUGGCCCACGGACGGCGAACAGAAUGCUAACGCACUUUUGGCUCAGAAGUUCUACAAUGGGUUUGCACGAAAACUUGCGAAAAAUAUUGGGACACCACUCAGGCCCGGAUAUAUCGAAGUUUACUUUUUCGGACUCCUCGACGAGAAUGCCAAGAGCACUCUCCCGGGGGACUUCGAGCCCCACUGGGGGAUUUUCAGGUACGAUGGCCAACCUAAAUUCCCAUUGGAUCUUUCGGGUCAGGGCCAAAACAAGUCUCUCGUGGCAGCAAAAAAUGUGACGUAUCAAGCGAAGCAGUGGUGCGCGCUUAAUCCCAAUGCACCCAAUGCCAAUUUGACUAAGUUUGAGGACAAUAUUAAGUACGCUUGCAGCAUGGCGGAUUGUACUCCGCUUGGGUAUGGAAAAUCCUGCAGUGGUCUGGAUGGAAACGCGAGCGCUUCGUUUGCGUUCAAUGCGUACUUCCAGAACCAAAACCAAAACCCGUUGGCCUGUGAUUUCGAAGGUCUAGCCAAGGUGACCACGCAGAACAUAUCUCAGGCGAAUUGCAACUUCACCAUUCAAAUAGCUCCUUCCUCUUCACCUUCUCCUCCUCCAGCUCCUGCUCCCCUGGCUGAUGCUCCUGGGGGUGUUACGGGGCGUUCUCCUCCUUCGGCUGAUGGUCCCGAGGGUGCUAAGGGGCAUUCUUCUUCUCCUCGUACGGCUUCUAUGGGGUCUUCUCCUUCGGCCGUUGCGGUUUUGAUUCUACUCGCACUUGUGUUGCUGUAAUUUGGAUUCUAUAUUAUGCCUCUGUUGUUUUACAUUUGUUUUCUUCUUCUGUACUAGUCAUUAUUUUUGCAUUACAGAUUGAAUUUUGUAAAACUACAGGGAAUUCGUUAAUCUCUUUGAACUUUUAAGGAGUAAUAUAAGUUUCCAAUUUCAAGUU